AUGCGAAAAGCAUUAAGCUCCCGCGGGAAGCCUGGUCUCGAACUUCUCGGUGCUGCACGAGUAUUCAGUUUCUACGAGGCUUUAUACGGCGGUGACUGGCGCAACCAGGAAGGGCAAUCCCGCAACUGGAGGGUUCACCAUUCUGGAGAUCUUGCGCUUAUACUUUCCAAUCCACCAUCAUUUUACGCUACCGGUCCAGCUCAUAGGUUGUUUGUUGACGGGCGACUCAACCAUGUACAAUGUGCACUGAAGGAACGAAAGAAGCUCGUUUUUAGCGAGCCAGCGUGGAUGACUGAUCCUUGGAUUCAUCACCCAAAGACACAAAAAGACCUGCUGGUGGACAUCCUCCUGAAAAUCCCCUCGCUAUACGAGGGCAUUGACAACAUGAAUAUUCAGCCGGAUUCUCCGGCAAAGUUGAGGCAGCGUUUUAACCUCCUGGAAAUAACUUUUACUGUCCUAGAAGAAUUAGCCGACUGGAGAUCAAAGUUUUCAGUCAAACUGGCGUGUAUAGGACCGAAGUGGCAGUUCCCAAGCAACAUUACGACAAAUGAAAUCGCCGACGCGCAUAUCAUGACACUCUACUGGACAUCGAGUCUCAUCGCUUACAGUAUCCGUCGUGCUCUUUCCGAUGGGGAAUGUGAUGCUGUCGGUGUUGAUCCGGACGAUUGUUGUCGCAGUAUAAUACGCUGUAUCCCGUCAUUCCUACACCCAUCCACCGGUGUCUUUCGUCAACACCUCGUCCCUUUCCCAUUGAUAAUAGCAGCUCGGCACCUCAAGUCAAUUCAACCACCGAAAUUGCAAGAGGAAAGUGAUUAUGUCCGAUCAUUAUGUGAGAACUCGGAGUUUACACCGAUGCAUCAGUUCAUGUCAAGCAUGCAGCCACAAAUUUUGAGUGGGCUCAAGAAAGCAUGUUGA